UGCAAUUCGUGCAUUCUACAACUAAUCUUAACUGUACUUUUACAUCUUUCACGAAACAUCACGAGUAACAACAACCUACAUAACUUACGAUGGCUGAACAACUUACUAAGGAACAAAUUGCUGAAUUCAAAGAGGCUUUCUCUUUGUUCGAUAAGGACGGAGAUGGAACUAUCACUACCAAGGAGCUCGGUACCGUUAUGCGAUCUCUCGGCCAGAACCCUACUCAAGCUGAGCUUGAAGACAUGAUCAACGAGGUUGAUGCCGAUGGAAACAACUCUAUCGAUUUUGCCGAAUUCAUGACUCUUAUGGCUAGGAAGAUGCACGACACCGACUCCGAGGAGGAGAUCCGAGAAGCCUUCAAGGUUUUCGACAAGAACAACGACGGUCAUAUUUCUGCUGCCGAGUUGAAGCACGUCAUGACCAAUCUUGGUGAGAAGCUCACAGACGCUGAGAUCAGCGAAAUGAUUCGAGAGGCAGACAAGGACGGUGACGGAAUGAUCGACUACAACGAGUUUGUUACUAUGAUGAUCGCCAAAUAAAUGUCUUUAUCAACAUUCUGGGUCCUCUUGUCAUUACUUGUCCUGAUUGGCGCUGCACGUUGGGAUGCGAGAAUGCGAUAUGAAGAGGUGGAUGGAGUGAAAAGGAAACAUUCAAAUGUAUAUUGGAAACAAUGAAUCCCGAUGAUAUCCUGCCUGGUCUUCUGUUUGUCUUAUUGAUGCGUGGUCUUUAUGUGUUUUCUCCUUUUUCUGCCUCUUUUCAUAAUUAUCUUAAUUAUCUAAUAAAAUUGGUGUAAGAAUCC